AUGUUUGGAUAUACUGUUCAGCAAUUCGAAAAUGAGGAAGGAAAAUGGGUGCUCAUUGGUUCACCCCUGGAGGGACAACCAGCUCGCAAGACAGGAGAUGUGUAUAAAUGUCCAGCAAAUGGUCAAUCAAAAUGCAUUAAGAUUAACUUGCCAAAAUAUACUACCAUUGCCAAUGUUACGGAGGUGAAAGACAACAUGACCAUGGGAUCAACUUUAGUCAUAAAUCCUAAUGGUGGAUUCAUGGCAUGUGGACCCCUCUAUGCAUACAGGUGUGGAAGCCUGCAUUACACAACUGGAAUUUGUUCAAAUGUCAGUUCUAAAUUUCAAGUUUUAAACUCAAUUGCUCCUGGAGUUCAAGAAUGUACCACCCAGCUGGAUCUGGUGAUAGUUCUCGAUGGCUCUAACAGUGUUUUUCCUUGGCACAGUGUCAGCACAUUUUUAAUAAAACUAUUGAGCGGAAUGGACAUCUCUCCUACACAAACUCAAGUUGGCAUUGUUCAGUAUGGAGCAAAUGUGACUCAUGAAUUCAAUUUGAACACACACUCUACCACAAAGAGUGCGCUAGAUGCGGCCAAGAAGAUAACACAACUAAAAGGCGAUCAGACGCAAACAGCUCAUGGUAUUGAAACAGCAAGAGCAGAAGCUUUCAGUGAAGAAAGAGGUGCACGGAAAGGAGUGAAGAAAGUUAUGCUGGUUGUAACAGAUGGUGAAUCUCAUGAUGGUUAUAAAUUGCCUGAUGUCAUUGCUAACUGUGAAAAAGAUGGAAUUGAAAGAUAUGGUGUUGCUAUUCUUGGAUACUACAACAGAGGAAAUAUAAGCACAGAGAAACUGAUCAAUGAGAUUAUAUCCAUUGCAAGUGAUCCAAAAGAGAAACAUUUUUUUAAUGUGUCGGAUGAGUUUGUUCUUUCAACAAUUGCGGAAUCAAUAGGAGAACGGAUAUUUGCCCUUGAAGCUACAACAGAACAACAGACAGUGUCAUUUGAAAUGGAAAUGUCACAGUCUGGAUUCAGUGCUCACUAUUCUAAGGACUGGGUGAUGCUUGGUGCAGUUGGAGCCUACGAUUGGAAUGGGACAGUUGUCAUGAUGAAAUCUGAUGACGUUGUCACCCCAGGGAAUAAUUCAUUUCACACAAGAACAGAAGAUAAAAAUGAGCCUCUGGCAGCCUACUUAGGAUAUACUGUAACUUCUGCUUCUGUGAAGGGAAGAGAAAUAUACAUUGCAGGACAGCCUCGAUACAACCACACGGGUCAGGUUAUCAUUUAUAAAAUGCAAGGAAGAGACAUCAAUAUUAUUGACACAUUAAAUGGAGAACAGAUUGGGUCUUAUUUUGGAAGUAUCCUCACCACAGUAGACAUAGAUGGAGAUGCAAUCAGUGACAUUCUUCUGGUUGGCGCACCAAUGUUUAUGGGAGCUGAAAAACAAGAACAAGGAAAAGUGUACGUCUAUAGCAUUCAGGAGGUUAGCAUUUUCAGCUAUUUAUGUGAUUUGGAGACUUUUAAGCAUGAGAUGAGUUUGGAGCCUAUGAACCAAACCUGCAAACAAGAAGCAGAAAAUGAACCUUGUGGGGCACGCUUUGGAACAGCUAUUGCGGCAGUGACAGAUCUCAACCUAGAUGGCUACAAUGAUGUAGCUAUAGGGGCUCCUUUAGAGGGAGAUCACAGAGGAGCUGUGUAUAUUUAUCAUGGAAGUGGAAAAACCAUAAGAAGCGACUAUGCUCAGCGUAUUCCAUCAGGAGGAGAUGGGAAAACAGUCAAAUUUUUUGGUCAGUCUAUUGAUGGUAAAAUGGACUUGAAUGGAGAUGGACUGACGGAUGUAACUAUUGGAGGUCUUGGAGGAGCUUCUCUGUUUUGGUAUGUAUUGAUGUGA